UGGCGGCAGCGCCGGGCGGGCGCGUCCCGCGGCUCUGCGGGCGCUGCUGAUCGCCGGGGGGCGUCCUGCAGGGAUCCCUCAUUUGGUGUUGCCUGAUCAGUGAGUUCUUUACAUACACUCCAGCAGUGACCACGCAGAACUGACAAACUUCAGCUGGAGGAGAGAAGAUGACAUCCCUGGGUGCACCACAGAAGGAAAUGCAUAAACUGACCUUGGAUACACCACUGAAAGAAAUACGUGAACUGCCCUUGGACGCAUCACAGCAGAAAAUCAGUAACCCGAUCAUUCCAUAUGUUGGGACAAUACAUGGUGGCCUUGUUCCUGGAGAGCAGAUUGUGAUACAAGGGACUGUUCUUGAUGAUGCAGACAGGUUCCAGGUGGAUCUACAGUGUGGCAGCAGCAUCAAGCCCCGAGCUGAUGUGGCGUUUCAUUUCAAUCCCCGCUUCAGAAGGUCUGGCUGCAUUGUUUGCAACACACUGGAGAGGGAGAAGUGGGGCUGGGAGGAGAUCACUUAUGAGAUGCCCUUUGAAAAAGGAGAGUCGUUUGAGCUUCUCAUCAUGAUUUUAAAGGAUAAAUUCCAGGUGUCUGUAAACAAAAAGCUCUUGCUGCUCUACAACCACAGAAUUAGCCUUGAAAAAAUAGAUACUCUUGGAAUAUAUGGCAAAGUGAAGAUCAAAACCAUAGAGUUUGUUUCUAAGGGGGAAAUGCCAAAUGGUUCACAGUUGGGUGUUCCUUACAUUGGGAAACUUGAUACUGCACUUCGUCCAGGAUGCACAAUUGCCAUUAAAGGAGAAGUGAAUAAAAACUCAAAGAGCUUUGCUAUAAAUCUGAGACCAAGUGGAUCAAAGGACAUUGCUUUACAUCUGAAUCCCCGAAUGAAAAAUAAAGUUUUUGUAAGAAACUCCUACCUUCAUGACAGCUGGGGAGAAGAAGAAAAGGAAGUUGCUAGCUUCCCUUUUAAACCAGGGAUGUACUUUGAGCUGAUUAUUUUCUGUGAUGCCUACCAGUUCAAAGUUGCCAUUAAUGGUGUUCACACUCUAGAGUACAAGCAUCGUUUUAAACACCUUGAAAAGAUCAAUAUGGUGGAAGUCACGGGAGAUGUUCACUUGUUGGAAGUGAAUCAGUACUAAAAGAAUUUAACCUCUUCUAAUGACAGUGCCUCCUUGUCAAGUACAAACAGGUGCUGACUCAUGCUGAGCCUGCUUUUAAUCUAUCUAGGCUUUUGCAUUUGCCUCUCUGAAUUAGGCAACUAUCAGAAAUGCUAACUGCAAAUUUAAAUCUUUCUCUAGUUUACAGUUUCCUGGCAAGCUAAGUCAGUGUUUGCUCAGAUAAAUCUCCUGUAUUACUGAACCUAGCAAUAUGAAAAUGCUGCAUCAUAUUGUGUUUAACAACUGCACUCUGUGUGUUAAGUUAAAUUACCAUUUGGCAUUCCUCGAUAUGAUCCGUUCAAUAUCAUGAAGUAGAAAUGAGACUGGAAUAGGGUCCAAAGAUACAGUUAUCCACCUCCAAAGGGAUGUUUAUAGUUUAUUUAAGAGAGAACUAUGGAUUAUAAUUUUCUGUAUCUUAAUUUAUGUUAGCACUUAUAACCUUUACAGUGAGGCUGGAUUAAGCAAAGGAUUGACAUUGACCCCUUACUUCUGGCAAAGGGCAAAGAGUUUGAUCUUAACUCCUAGCCUGCUGCUGCAAUAGCACCUUCUCUGACACCUAUGGUUAUGUCACCUCCUGCUUACAAGGGCCCAAGUUCUCUAGCUUUUAGUUUUCCAAAGUGAAACAUGGGAAAGUGAUUUAACUGGUUUCGAUUAUAUGAACAUCUGAAAGCUUGUUUGAUCUGAAGUGGCUCCUAACUGGCUUAAGAAUCCUUAGGGUCUGAAGAGGAUGUCUGUGGGUUUCAUAUUUAAAAUAUGUCUAAAUCCAGGUAGUCCAGGUAGGGUUUCAGCUGAAAUAGCACUCGAUUACUCAGCAGGGGACUAGAGAAUGGAUCUUUUUUUCAGUCCUGUAUUAAAAUACUAUCUAUGUGAAAUUAAACUGUUCCUAUUCAGUUUUCUGUACAAAUGUCAACCUUUUUAUAUUCUUUUUAAAAAUAAGUUACUGCUGGUUGUCAAUAUAUACCUGAAGGAUCCCUGUAUAUCUUAAGACUGUUAAAACUGAAGCAGUUUCAGUAAUAAAGACUGAAGACUUUAAAAGAUCAGAUUGAAUGUAUAAAAAGCAUCAAUAAAAACAUAUGUGAACUCUA